AUGAAAAUGGUGAACAAAGCCAAGACUAACGAUGGAUUUGUAGACCAGAAAAUGUUCAAAACGGCUGGAAAAUAUGGCUUCGAUUGUCUUUACUUGACUGAGACGAGCAUGCAAGUGCUGGAUGGCUCCAUCAACCACAUUCGCCCCCUACUCAGACCGACCUGCGACUUUGUAUUGGCCACAAGAAAUGGAGGGCAGAACGUAAAGGUGGGAGGGCUAAUGAGUAAACUGGUCUUUGAUGCAACGGGAAAGUACGUUCACUCGACUCGCUAUCGACAGAUAGUGGAGACCGCGAGUUCCAGACAGCUGAGCAGCAGCGCGCAGAGCACAAUCUCCGAGUACCAGAAACAUAACUCUGUUGUUGCAAGCGUUCACUAUCAGAAGCAACGAUCGCGCGAGGUGCAAGUAAAGCACAUGAACAUUUGUAAAGAUUGUAUGGAGACAAAGGGUCAGAGCUUGAAAUUGGCGUGCGCUCGAGGCGUUCAGGCGAUUCUGCGUCCUCUGAAGAUCGAAAUGGUAGCAAAACUGAUACUUCGUCAAACGACGAGGGAGAAACGAUCGCAGAAACACCACCCGAGCGUCUUUCAGCUGUCCCAAGACUAGAGCGGGAAAAUGCUUUUAUAGUAUUACGUUUCCCCGGCGAGAAAAAAGAGUCUGAUGUUCACCCCCGAAGAAGACAAUUAUCUUAAAGCAGGCAUUCAGCGAUACGGCUACGGUCAAUGGAAAGCGAUUCUCAGAGAUAGCGAAUUUCGUUUUCAAAAGAGAAAGACUGCCAACUUACUGCUGAGGCGUGGAGCACGAAGAUUCGGAUCACUUUCUUAGUUACCCUAGCACUUUCUAACUUACCCUAGAACUUUACAUUUAUGCCAGAAUAAAAAGACAUCCUUCAAAUAUAACUAAAAAGGCAAUCAACAAUAUGACUCGGGCUAUCACAAGCAUCGUUUUAUUGUCGUAUUACACAAAAUAACCUAAUUUUGACUUGGGAAGAGGUUAUCUAUUUUGUUUGUUUGACGAAAGGUUUUGAUUCGCUGGCUUUGCUUCCUCGAGGAAGCACCCUUUCUCUUCCUGGAGUCACUGGUAGUGGCUCGUCGCUGACACUUGGGAGGGGCUGUACUGAACGUUUGCGAGCGUGGAAAUGGCGUUAUGAAGAAAUGUGUCUGUAAUUGAAGGUGCGGCAUCCACUGAUUUUUUGCAGGUGGUGCUUCCAUCUCUGUGACCAUCCAAUCCGAAAGAUUCGCCCAAGUCGUCUUCGUUCGGCAAGACUUGGAAGAGGCUGGUGACAGGAAAUCUUUGCUCUUUCUUCAGGAGAGCCAGGGUGACGCAUGA